AUGGCAGAAAACAUACUGUCCGAUUUGGAAAGAGCUAUUUAUUCUGCCUUUUUUGAGGCGGCUGAUAAAAACAAAGAUGGCUAUUUAAGUUUAGAUGAACUGACGUCAGUGAUCAAACGGUGUGGCAUAAAUCUUGCCCAAAAAGAAUGGGCGGAAACAUUUAUCGAGAUGGAUUUAAAUUGUGAUUGGAAGAUAACACUAGAUGAAUUUAUUACUGGCAUGCACUCUUUAAGACCUGGUAAAAGACGGGUUGCCAAACUAAAUCGGGAGCUGACAGGUUGUGAUUCCGGUGGUGCAGGCUUCUUGAGCCACAAAGUGAUCGAGAAUAUUGCUCGAGAGAAAUCUGAAAUUACGGAGACAGAAAUUGAAAAUACUUUCAAACAUCUUAAUGCAGACGAUUUGAAUAAAAUCAAUUAUAAGCAGUUCGUUAAUGUUUUGGAAAAAAUAAUCACAGACUGA